AUGCCAUCAGUUCCAUGGCUUUACGUCUUGGAGAAGCUUUGGCAUGAUGACCAAGGUGAGAAGGUGGUACACGACAAGUGUCUGCUUGCCAGCAAGGUGUCCCUCGUCUGUAAGGAAUGGGCUGGACACGUGCGAGCAGGACAGAUGGGCAACUCUUUCGAGCAAGAAAUCGCCAAGAGCUUGUACUCCGACAUCCUGGAGGAUGGACGGGGAAUACCGAGAAUCAAAGUGCAAGACAGCCUGAAAAAAGAGAUUGAGAUAGAAUUAUGCCGAAGAAGUUCUCGGAUCCCCGUCGAGCACUUUGUCAUGUCAGACUUCAUCAGCCUUAUCUCCACCGCCGGGAGCAUCGCAGCCUUCGCCCAUGUCAUCCCAAAGCCGAGUGAGCUGGUCUUAGGCGUGAACUGCUGGAGAGGGUCGAUCGGGGCGUAUGUCAAUCACUCCUUGUCUAUCUACUGCCUGAAGAAGGCAACCGUCGUGAAUCAGUUUCCAUCCAACAAUCGGAUUAACGCUCUUCACGUCUCAGUCAGCAAUGAAAUUUUUGCUGCUGAUCAAGAUGGCUACGUCAAAGUUUACAGCUCAGUCGAUUCUGAGGCUCCUUGGAGCGAAACUACUACAAGAGUCUGGCGCCACCCUGCUCAAGAAGCGAUAUCUUGUAUGUCAAUAAGGGAAGGAAAUGAGCACAAGGAGGGUUCCUUGCAAGGGUUGCAAAGGCCAACGCGAAAUGCCGACUACUUCAUCUCGACGUCGCUGGACACUGUGGGAUUAUUUGAGGACGUGAGCUUGAGGCAGCUAGCGGGCGGGGGUAUGGGCCAGCUCUUUCACAUGGGGCUUACCUUCGUCGAAUCGGCACGCCUAGCUUGCAGUGGCAAUGUCUUGAUCUGCGCAGAGCUGGUUGAAAACAACAUCCCGAUGCGAGUCUGGUACCUGCAUGGGUCGCGGACAUCGAAAUGGCCAGCUGUUACCAGAGCUCUGUGCAAGUCAGCCUUGUACCAGCUGCUAAUCAGGGACAAGGGCGUUCAGAUAUCAACCAAAGACCGUCCAUACCGAGAGGUUUGUGUCAUCAUCUCUUAUCGUUCCUCAGCCUUUCUGUGA